AUGGAGUGGAUACGACCGGAACAACCAGUGAUUCCUCAAACAUGGCAAACUUUUAAGGCGAGGGACGUCGACAGCGAUCGAUUGAUAACGUAUCGAGUCGAGGACCUGACUGAGGAUUGCUUCGAUGAUGCAAUUCAACAUUAUAUGGAGAACUUUCUAGAUGACGAACCACUUUCUCAGAGUAAACGAAUUUCGGAGGCAGAAGAGUCGGUGGCGGAAGUCAAAAAUUUCUGGCGAUGGUGUCUAGAUAGAAAAAUGACCAUUGUAUGUUACAAGGAAGGUUCUCGAGAAAUCAUUGGUACAAAUCUUUUACAUGUUAAAGGAUCGCAUAAGUCGCUUGAUUUAGUAAUGAAAAGCGAUCGGAUAAAGGACAUUUUUGCUACCCACGAGUAUAUUACGGAUCAGUAUGAUGUACUAAAACAGUAUGAUGUGGAAUACUACCUAGCUGCUUAUGGAUUAGCCAUCAAUCAACGAUACCGGGGACGAGGAAUCGCAACUGAAAUGCUGAAGGCUCGCGUUCCUCUGUGCCGGGCUUUCGGAAUUAAAGUAACGGCAACCAAUUUCACUGCACUGGGAUCACAUUUGGCUGCGGCCAAGGCAGGGUUCCGCACGGAUGUAGAAGUGACGUAA